AUGAGAUGGCAAGAGCUCGAAAACGAGAUGAAAGGCGAUUAUGAUCAGAAACAACGAAUGAAGAAUCAUCGACGAUUUGGUGAUAUGUAUUUGACACCAGAAAAACCUGAAGAUGUCAUGCCACCAAAAGAUUUGGCCGAUAUGACGAGGAAGGAGACGGGAGCUUUUCCGGUUGAUUUGCACACAAAUCACACUCAAAUGCGCUACCUUGAUCACUCAUUUGACAAUAUUCGACGUUUCAAGAGAUACACCCAUUUUCAACAUUUGCAAUAUGAUCAGAGAAUGAUCCCUGAAAGAUUACUUUUCCUUGGUCCCGACUUGGCGGCAGCUCACUUUCUUGUUCAUCGAGGAGCGGCGAUAAAAUUUCUGGAUGACGAUAUUUGGUAUAAAAGAGAUAAAAAGGGCUACAGUCUUCCUGGCCGUAAAGUCCCGGGUCUCUUCAUUGAAGCCAUUGAUGCAUCUGGCACUGAGUUGAUGUUUGAAGGAUUUGAAAACCUUCACGAUUUAAGUCAUUUACGAAUGCUACGACUUGCCAAUUGUGAAUACAUCGAUGAUUGGGUAAUGGGAAAAAUUGGAGGAAGUAUGCCAAAUUUGGAGAUGCUCGAUUUGUCCGGUUGUUAUAAAAUCAGUGCAAAAGGUCUAAUGGGUUUAAAGCAUUUGAACAAAUUGCGUUAUUUGCGCCUUGAAGGACUGUCACAUGUUAAAGAUCUUGGUCAAGCAGCUCUCCUACUUGAAGAAGCGAUUCCAAAUUUGACGGUACUCGGCGUUGACUAUGUGGAACAAAUGGAGAAUUUGGAGGCUGAGACGAGACUUUUGGAAAAUCCGAGAGUGGUACAAGAUGCUAGAGGAAACGCCUUUGCUGAAGACGAUAAUGGCCGCCUCUUUUACUUGAAUGGCUCGAUUAACGAAAGAACAGCUGUUGAUGAUGAGGAUCGACCCAUUAUGACAUCAACUAUUAGAAGGGAAAUCCCCGAAAUGGAUGAGGUGGAAUUCGAGAAAUUGGAUCGAUUAUCGGGUGGAAAAUUGAGGCAUAUGUUACUUGGAUCACCAAGUGGACAUUUAUGGGGAGAACAAGUUGAACGAAUCCUGCAACACGAGGCCAAGCUAUUGACGGAAGACUCGAUACCGGUCGACCCGAAAAUGUUGCCGAAAGAGAAAAGAACAUUGAGAUUACCGCCGAAUUUGGAUGAACGAGAAGAAUGGAAGAGUAUACUACAAAGUGAAAUGAUCAAAUUUAGCAAAGAGAUUGCCGAUCAAGAAACCUCCCCACCAAAGAAAUUGAUCGAAAAACAAGGAAAUUUG